CCAGCUAAGCUAGCGACCCAACUGAAAAUCUAUUAUAAGUACAGUAUGAAGUAAGCAUGAGUGCGACGCACAUUCGCCUUACAACCCCCACGUCUGACCACCCCUGCAAUGAUUCGUUGAUUGAUCCACACCAUCCCUGUCCUAGAAAUCUCUCUACGCAACGCACAGCGGUCGGGGUCAGAGGUUUUUGGCCGCAGCUAGCCUAGCCAUGUCGUCCCCGGCGGCAUCGCCUGACACCUUUGACGACGCUGCUGCGGACGCGCCCGGCACGACCAGCUCCAACCUCACGCUGCUGUACAUCAUCAUCGCUGUCCUCGUCGGCGUCGUGCUCUACUUGGCCGUCCGCUACGGCCGGUCGCUCUUGUCCGAGUGGCGCGAGCUCCACGGCCACGGCCACGGCCCGCCUGCCGCAUCCCACCUCGGGCUGAGCCUGGAGGACAUCGCCGCGCUCCCCACCUUCACCUACAGAGCGCGGGCGGCGCCCACGCCGUCGCCCCAGGGCAGCUGGGGCGGCUGCAGGAGCGGCGGCGGUAAGAGGAGGAGCGGCAGCAAGGGGAGGCCUGCGACGUCGGUCGAGUGCGUGGUGUGCCUGCAGGAGCUGGAGGACGGCGACGUGGUGCGCGUGCUGCCGGCGUGCAGGCACUUCUUCCACAGCAGCUGCAUCGACACCUGGCUGUGCGCGCACUCGUCGUGCCCGGUGUGCCGCGCGCACCCGGAGCCGGAGAGCGUGCGUGCGGGCGAGGCGGCCCUGUCGCCGCCGCUGCCGCAGCUGCGCCGGUGCGGCGUGUCACCCGAGCGGCCUACGGCGUCAAGGAUCCUGGCAGACAUCUUGGCACGAUCGCCGUUGAGGAUCGGCGCCUCGACGAACGAAUCCAAGGAGAGGAUCAUGUCCAGGUCGCCGUCGCCGGCACCAACGGCGCGUGAUUAUACCCUGUCAAGAUCCCCGUCGCUGACGCCACUGACGCAUGGCAUGGUCGACGAACGGCGUUCACUGUCACAGUCGCCCCAGAUGCUGGAGGUUGUGGUGGUCCGCUCGAAAUCGCCGUCUCCGAUGAGGUUCGGCCGUCAGUCCACGACGACGUGCGUUGGCGUGUUGGAACGCACAGGUGCGAGCAUGUCGGCAUCGCCGUCCCCGCCGGCGACAUAUGCAGAGGACGGUGGCGAGUCGUCUUCAAAAUUGCGACAGCAGGUGCCACAUUAGGUGGGUGCAGGAACAAAGUCAAACAAUUCAGUUGCGCAGCGCGCAGUAAAUAGAAGCAACAAUGGCACUGCCACCAUUGCUUCUUGCUCCAUUUUGGCGCCUGCCACCCAAUUAGUUUUUUGUUAUGCAUUUUGUGUCACUUCAAAGAAUGUAAAUAUUCAGUGUCGAGUAUGUUUGGCAACAACCAAAUGACCACAGUGCUUGCCUUGCCCCUGAGCCUUUCUCUAUCCCCAGUUUCUCCUUAGCUAUAGAUAUUGAAGUGUACGGUGCACCCAACAAGAGGAGCAUAAGCGAUUAUCGCACCGAUUGUUUUUAUUUCUUGCAUUGGCAUUUGCGUUUCCCCACGUUGGAAGCAAUUUUAGUUGACAGCUUCGAAACCAAGAUAUGUGCUUGCACUUUUGUAUU